CCCCGCGGGGCUCCCCUCAGCCCCGCCGCCCCUCGGCCCCGCCGGCCAUGCGGGCUCGGCCCGCGCUGCUGCCGCUGCUGCUGCUGCUGCUCGCGGGGCCCCUGCCCGGCCGGGCGGCGCCCACCGACCCUGCGGACGAGUGCCAGCAGCAGCUGCAGCUGGGCCGGAGCGUGGUGUCCUGGAUCGUGGGGGGCCACGAGGCCCCGGAGGGCGCCUGGCCGUGGGUGGUGAGCCUGCAGGUGCUGCGCGGCGGCGUCCGCUUCGUGCACCUCUGCGGCGGCGUCCUGCUGGGCCGGAGAGCCGUGCUGACCGCCGGCCACUGCGUGGACGGACGGACGGACCCGUGCUCCUGGCGAGCCGUGCUGGGCGUGCACAACCUGCAGAAGCACAGCCCCCAGACAGCGAGGAGGAGGAUCAGGAGGAUCAUGGUGCACUCGGAGUUCAAGAGGGAGACCUUUGAGAACGACGUGGCGGUGUUCGAGCUGAGGUCGGCCGUGCGCUACAGCCUCUCCAUCCAGCCCGCGUGCCUGCCGCCCGCGGCCCUGCUGCCACCCCUGGAGAACAGCUCCGACUGCUCCAUCAGCGGCUGGGGACGCACCAGCGAGAAGGGUAAACUCUCAUCUGUGCUGAAACAAGCCCACGUGCGAAUCCUCCCCCCCAGCCUCUGCAACAGCUCGGAAGGGUACGCGGGGCUGAUGAACGACAAAGCGCUCUGCGCCGGCGCCUGGGCCGGGGGCACCGACAGCUGCCAGGGUGACAGCGGGGGCCCCUUGGUGUGCUACCACCCCGGCAGUGACAAGUACUACCUGGUUGGCAUCGCCAGCUUCGGGGUGGGCUGCGGCCGCCCCCGGUACCCCGGGAUCUACGUGCGCCUGUCUCAGUACAGAACAUGGAUCAAAGCCAAAGUCCUGCUGACCAACCAGACUCAGAGCCCCACUGGGGGCACCACACUCACCAUCCUCCUGGCUCUGCUCCACACGCUGCUCACGCAGGCUUUGUAGAGAGGCAAACCGCCGUGUGCUCCUCCUGCAGGUCUGGCCUCCCUGGAAAUGCUCGGAGAAAGCGGCUCCCUCCCUCCUGACAAUAAAUCCAAGAGCCAAAGGAUGUGCACUUACUUUGCAGGAGUCAUGUUUGCCAUUGUAUUUUUUGUUUCCCGCCUCUGAUAUCCACACUGACAGGAGAGGAAACAGUACCGGCCUCGGCACUAAUAAGGAAAAUUGAAUAUAGAAAUGUUAUCGACUGGAAACACUUUCUUCCCACCCUAUUUCUGUGCUUUUCCAGCCAUCAGAAGGGUAAAUACACUCAGUGACCAGGGCUUGGGGAGGGCAGAUGCUCCCUCUGCCGGGUGAAAACCAGCAGAGCACAGGAAGGUUUUAAUUAACCAUUUAAUUAACCGAACCUUAACUGUGGCUCAGCUUACUGAAAACUAAGAAAGUAAAAAUAAACCUGCAGGAAGGUAAAAGCUGUUCUGCACUCAUGAGUUUUGGCACUGGCAGGUGUGUACACGUGUCACUUAAUCCACCAAAAUUGACUGUUAUUUAUUCCUGGCUGUCGUACGACUCGAUCCCACACAGGUUUUCACACCUGGGCACCACCACUGCAGCUCCUGACUUCAUUAAAAAUAAAUAGGGACCAGCAGAAUGAGAAUAUUUUAGCGACUUUAUUUACCAAGAUCAAAAUUUGCAACCAUUAAUUGUUUCAACAAAUAUUUACAAUUCAUGGAAAGCACGAACUGUUUGGAACCAACCAGCAGAACAGCAUCAGAUGCUGCAUCUCUUACCCUCAGGAAUGAGAUUUUACUCUUUAAAUUUUGAAAGUAAAUCCAAACUAAGAACUUCAUGAUCAGUGCUUAAAAAGCGAACUUGUGUUACUGUUUCAUAUUCCCAAGAUGAAAAAUCAGCUGUUCUUUCCAACACACUAUUUUCAGAGUAUAAAAAUUGACUCCUGGUGUGUCUGGCAGGACAGGUGCUCCGCUUGCUGGAUAUGAGAAGAACUGACCACCAGUUUUUUACAGUUAACACGUGAUAGUUUUUGUUUAUUUUUGUUCCAUCUUACAAAAUGAAAAAAGAGAACACAGUGAGGAUCAGCUACCACAGAGUUCCCAGAGCAGUUCAGAACUGUAGCUCAAACAAACCCUCUCCCACACAGCUGAGGAAAGGUCCAAUUCUCUGAGGUGCAAGUUCCAGGCUGUUCAAUUUUCCUGAAAUUCCACCAAGAAAACACCGCCACCUCUCCAGGAGCAGCUCCCUCAGCUUAGGACUUUUCCCAACCUCAUUUCUGAUGUGUCACAAAGCUUUUUUCCUGACAUGAUGGCAACCAGGAGUCACACUCCAGCCUGGCCUAAAGGAAACGCGCUGGGACUCGUGCCCACAACAAUCAGAUACUUUGGAACUCCAGGGUGAAAAAGAAAAAUAUCCCUUCCUAGCCCACUAACCAGGAGAUUGUAGAAUGCCGAUCCCUCAUGGCAAAGAGCUCUGCUUGCUGCAGAAUUCCCAAAGGAGUAAAAUCAAAAAUACUGACUGACUAUGGGAUAAGCAUGACACACCCAGGGAGGGAGCACAGCUUGGAAUUCCAGAUCUGAGCUAGCACGACACACAGGGAGCUCCAACACCGUGGAACAGCACAGUCCGUGGUGUAAUUCCUGCUGACAGAACUGGAAGCAGGAUUCAA